UCCGCUCCGCAGGGCAUGCCGGGAGCCCCGCCCCCAACAUGGCGUUUCACUGACAGUUGGUUCCUGAGCAGCAGAGGCGGAUCUAGCUCCUCAGGGCGGCGGCGGCGUCUGCAGCGGGGGUCUCCGGGGCCGAGUUGGGAGGAUGACGGCUCCGCAGAUGGCUUAGAGCGGAGCUGCGCGGGCGAGGCGACCGGCGGGGCGCUGCCAUGGGCUGGUGAACGCACGGCUCCCGCCGGCGUCCGGGGCAGGGCAUCCGCUCUUCAGCUCCGAGCCCUCAGCCGGGGCCAUGGGCUCCUCGGCGGCCGCGGCGGCGGCAGCGGCGGCCGCGGAUUCUGCCCAGUGGCUCUCGGUGAAGGAGGAGACCAUCUUCCUGCACGACGGGCUCAUUCGGGUCACCGACCUGGCCGAGCUGCCCAGCGAGAUCCUCGGGGCCCCAGAGGCCGCCGACACCGACCUGGAGAUUUUAACAUUUGAGACCAAGAAUCCAACGGAACUAGCAGAACGUUUACGCGCUGUCUGUGGGAAUCAGAGCAAUGCCUAUGCCCGUCUGCUGGAAUACCGCCUGAAUGCCUUGCGAGGACUGUGGAAUGCCCAGCGCCAGCUGGCCUUGGAAGAGCAGCAUGAAAGGGAAAGUUCGGGUGAUGAAGAAACUUUGGCCCUGCUCAAGCGCCAGGGCUUGUUGCAGCAACCCGAGCAAGCACCCUUCACAUCACGGAUGGGGCUUCUACUGGUCUUCCCCCUUAUUCAGUCCCAGAGUCGAACAGACCCCUCUCUCUGUAACAUAACUGCUGAGGUGCUAUUGAACUGCCUUCGAGACUGCCAGCCUUUGAGUUUGACCAAGGAACCUGGUGACUGUCUCAACGGAAUUGAAACUUUGCUGUGCUCUUGGCUAGAGGAGACUUCGGACACAGGCCGACAAAUCCCACAUAAGCAAAAAGAAAAUGCUGCUGCUGCUCUGGUGGCAUUGGCGUGUGCCAGGGGAUCAUUGAAAACUUUUGUCCACACAGUCCACCUAUUACAGAAACAGACUGAUCUAGGGUCCCUGCCGGUUGCCGACGUGCUGUAUAGGUUAUUGCUUCUGGAAGGGGGGCCUGGAUCCCCUUCCUGUUUGCUCGGGGGCAAACACAUAGUAUCUUGGGGGUAUGAAGACAUGUUACCUGCGCCGGACAGCAACACUGGCUCCAGUUCUGAAAAUAAAGAUGCUGACUUGGGACGCUGUCUCACUGCAGACGGUCUUUACCUGUAUACUACUAACUCAGUUGGAAGAGGAGUAAGCAAAUUGGGGUCUGGAUUACAUGGUACCCUCAGAGGCUUUGUGUACUGCCGGAACGAGGAGCUGGAGCCGGGGUGGCUGGCUUUUGGCAGUGGCAGUCUUCUGCACCGGCCUGUGUCUUUUGAUAACAAACCUCACUCCCUUUUCCAGGUCAUCGAUCAGAACACUCUCCAGGUGUGCCAGAUAGUGCCCAUGCCAGCCAAUCACCUGCCUGUUGGGAGCACCAUGAGCACUGUGCACCUCUCUUCAGAUGGUACUUACUUCUACUGGAUCUGGUCUCCUGCUAGUUUGAAUGAGAAAACACCGAAGGGACAUUCUGUCUUCAUGGACAUAUUUGAACUUGUGGUUGAAAAUGGUGUAUUUGUAGCCAACCCGCUUCAGGAACGCACAAUUCUAAUGAGAAAAGAAGGGGAAUCUGCCAAAAGCAUUAAUGAGAUGCUUCUGAGUAGACUCUCUCGGUACAGAGCCUCCCCGUCGGCGACCCUCGCAGCCCUGACUGGGUCCACCAUCUCCAACACCCUGAAAGAGGAUCAAGCAGUCCUCGCAUCUAGCUUGGUAUAUAAUAUUUCGGAUGGUCAGUUCACAAGUCGUGCAGACCUCAUAGAUGCUGCUGGAAGCUCCCUGGGGCGUGGUGCUCUUGUCCCAGGAUUGGGUGCCUGUUACGAUACGGUGAACAACAUGCUAUGGACGUGCUCCAAUGAUUACAUUGACCAGUGGUGUAAUCCUGGGAAUCAAGCCUUCCAUUAUGUGUGCCAGAGACUGGGAGUCAGCCACAUCAUCACUGAGCCCAAAGAAGAGGCUAUAACCACGAAUGAGGUUAUCAACCAGUUACUGCACCACGUUGGUGCGAUGUGCAUACACCAGCUCAAUCUUCUGGCCACCAACCCCAACCUUCCCAUCACAAGUGUCUUGGGCAAGCAGCAUCCAAUUGAAGCCCACCAUCUGAGCAGCAUUUGUGACAUCAUGGAGAAGGCCAUGGUUAAUGGAGAUACCUGCAUCAUACGCUGCAUUCUGGUUGUCUUUCAGGUGGUGUUUAAAUUUUUCUUCAGCCCACAAACUGAAAGAAACAGAGACAUCAUUCGACGGUCGGGAUUGCUUCUUUGGCAGUUGCUGAUGGCACCAAAGGAUCAAAUCUGCCCUGAAAUUCAGAAGGAAGUCUGCCUUGCCAUCAGCUCUGGUUUAAAUAUCUUGUACCCAGGUGAAACUGAAAUCAAUAACUUACUUAAACUGGUCUUAACAGAAGGUAAGAAUUAUCCUUUAAUUAAAUUACCAUCUUUUAGGGCUGGGGAUUUAAUGCUACGGAAGACGCCCAUCUACACCUGUGGCACGUACUUGGUGAUGCUGGUCCCCCCUCCAGGAGGCUCAGGCAGCUCUGCCACCCGCUCUCUUUUUGGUGGAACAAGUGGUUUGUCAUCUUUAAAAAGUAAACUAAAUGAUGAACUUUUACACUACAUUCUGAAGAUUGUUGUACGAGAAUCCUGUAUCUUAAUCACCAAGUGCCAAACUGUCUCUAAAGAUGACUUUCAAAAGCUCCUUUCAACUGUGCCUGCUGCUUCCUCCUGCCUGCGCUAUCUGAUGGCAGUUCAGAAUCACCUUCUCAGUAACACUAUUUUGAUUAAACCUGAUGACAAUGAUGACAGUGACAACUCCUUGCAGGGAGAGACAUUGAAGGUACAGGAGCUAAAGGUCAGUAUUUUGGCUCUUGCCACCCAAAUCCUGAGUGGAUGUGAUGAAGUGUUGGAAAUGCUACAGCAGGUGACCACUGCCCUCAUAAACAGCGACAUACCCGACCGAGAGCAAAGGCUGAAAGGCUUGGAGCAAGUCACCAAGGCUACAAUGCUCGGUCACCUUCUCCCAGUGUUACUGACCUCCCUGAUGCACCCCAAUCUGCAGACUUUGACCAUGGCCGACGCUCUGAUGCCCCAGCUCGUGCAGCUGGUACUCUAUACCAGCCAGACGGCUUUGCUGCUUAAAACCCAGUGUCCUGUUUUUGCUGAGGUGGGCUGUUCCCCCUGUGGCACCUCAGAGCAGAAGUGCAGGCUGUUCCCUGAUGAAAGAAUGCUGGAAGAGAAGGAAGAGCCAGGCUUUCUCACUGGCUUGAAGAUUCCCGCCCCAUGGGCUGCUGGGAAGACUGUAGAAACAGUACACCCUGUCAGAGACAACUAUAAAUUCAAAGAAACUGUCCAUAUCCCAGGAGCUCGCUGCCUGUAUCUGAGAUUUGAUAGCAGAUGCUCCUCCCAGUAUGACUAUGACAAAUUGGUGAUAUACGCGGGGCCUAACACAAACAGUAGGAAGGUUGCUGAAUAUGGAGGCAAUACUCUGGGAUAUGGCAGCCGUAGUGUCUUAGGAACUGGUUGGCCGAAGGACUUGGUGAAGGUGGAAGGAGAUACAGUCACCUUCUCCUUUGAAAUGAGAAGUGGCCGUGAACACAACACUCCUGAUAAAGCUAUGUGGGGCUUUGCUUGCACAGUUCGCGCUCAGGAGUCCUCGGAGGACGUCUCAGGAGGCCUGCCCUUUCUGGUAGACCUGGCUUUAGGUCUGUCUGUGUUAGCUUGUUCCAUGUUAAGAAUCCUGUACAAUGGACCAGAAAUUACCAAAGAAGAAGAAGCCUGUCAAGAGCUAUUGCGGUCCAAACUUUUACAAAGGUGCCAGUGGCAGGUGGAAGCCAAUGGUGUCAUCUCCCCUGCCCUUACUCCAAGCCCCUCUCCACUGCCUCUGACCAUAGAGGAAGAUAGAGAAUUCACCUACCCGUCGGACGUGCUUGUGCCUCCUGUUGGAAACUAUUUUGACCUGCCCCGGAUCAGGCUGCCUCCAGGAAUCAUGAUAAAGCUCAGGGAAAUUUCUGGGCGUGCUAGACCUCAAUUUAGACCAAGUAUAAAAGAAGUGAUUCAGCCAGACGUGAUGGAGGAAAUGGUGGUAUCUUGUGUUAUUAAGCACUUGAACUUGGUGGAUGCACUGCAGUCCCUAAUAAAUUUCCAGUAUCAAGAAGAACAUGCUGAGGAAUAUGAUUUAUUGUGCAAAAUUAUGGGCGAGACCUUUAAGAAACUCAAUGCCAUGGAGAGACAGCUACAGAGUGUUGCAGAACUGGAGCAGAAGUGGCAAAGUGAAGUUGAGGAUGCCAUGCAGGGGAAGCUGGAAAACAACAUGCCUUUCUUCUAUGAUUACCAUUUCAAUGAGAACAAAAUGAAAGAACUAGAACUUUUGUGUUCAAUGAAGGAAGUCUCCUUUGAUGGAAAUGAUCUUGAAAACAUGGUCCUAUCACUGAGGGAGAAGUUCCUACAAGAGGUGAAUUUUCUUAUUCAGAAACCCUCACAUCCACUGGCUAAAACAAAAACGCUAGUGAAGAGUCUCAUGAACCGAGCUGAGCUACUGCUGCAUGUGACCAUUGCAGCCCAGUCGGGCCUCACUAGGAGCAUCUCAGGGACCCCGGCGGAGACACCAGCCUGUAAAUCAGCUUCUGAAACAAAGGUGAUAUCUCAUGCUGUCCGGCAGCCUAUCUUUCUUCGCAGCAUGUCGGCUCCUUCUGACCUGGAAAUGAUUGGUAAUGAAGAUAUGGAAUUUACUAGAGCAAAUCAGAGACGUCGCCAUGUGACCAGCCACCGCAGCAGCUCCUUCACACUCCUGCAGUCACUGGCCAUUGAGGACAGCAGGGACAAGCCCACCUACAGCGUCCUGCUGGGGCAGCUGUUUGCUUUCAUUGGCACCAACCCUGACCAGGCUGUGUCCAGCAGCAGCUUUCUUUUGGCUGCACAGACAAGGUGGCGGCGGGGAAACACUCGAAAACAGGCCCUGGUGCACAUGCGAGAAUUACUGACGGCCGCUGUGCGAGUCGGGGGAGUGACGCAUCUUGUGGGGCCUGUGACAAUGGUCCUUCAGGGAGGACCCAGGAUUGAAGAACUUACCUGCGGAGGCAUGGUGGAGCAGGUCCAGGAAGCUUUUGGGGAAACCAUGACCUCCGUCGUGUCUCUGUGUGCCCGUUACCCAAUCGCUUGUGCAAAUAGCAUUGGACUCUUGUGUACCAUACCUUAUACCAGGAGUGAAGAGAAGUGCCUGGUGCGCAGCGGGCUUGUCCAGCUCAUGGAUCGACUGUGCAGCUUGAGCAGUCAGACUGAGUCCAGCUCCAGCGAGAAACAAACCAAGAAGCAGAAAGUGGCCACCAUGGCCUGGGCUGCCUUCCAGGUGCUUGCCAACCGCUGUGUCGAGUGGGAAAAAGAGGAAGGUGGCUCCACAGAGGCUGUGCACUCAGGUCUGGCCCGUCAGGUGUCCAGCCUCCUCACAAACCAUCUCGCCCGAGCCACUGAGUGCUGCGGCAACCAGGCUGCUGGGAAUGACGCACUGCAGGAUGUCCUGAGCCUUCUCAAUGACCUCUCAAGGAGCCACAUAGGGAAAGCCAUCCUGAGCCAGCCAGCUUGUGUGUCCAAACUCCUCUCUCUGCUGCUUGACCAGCGCCCAUCCCCAAAGCUGGUUCUUAUCAUUCUUCAGCUGUGCCGGGCGGCACUGCCACUGAUGAGCGUGGAGGACUGUGGGAAUGUAGAGCUCCCACCGUGGAGCUACUCUGUCCCUUCCCUAAACAGUGAGCAGGAAGAUCCCAGUGACCCCGCCUCCAAGAUCGCCUCCUUACUCUUAGCAAAGCUGGCAGACUAUGUGGUUCCAGGAUGUCAGACAGUUCUUUCUCCAACUGCUUCUGAACCUGACACUACACUGACCAAAACCAGUCCCAAGAAUUCCUUAAAAGGAGAUAAAGAUCCUGGAGAAGAGAGUGAGGCAGUGGAUGGCAAGCUCUCCAUCUUUAUCCACAAGCGGGAAGACCAGUCCUCCCAUGAAGUCCUCCAACCUUUACUAAGUAGCUCAGAAGGACGGCCCUUCCGACUGGGCACUGGCGCCAACAUGGAGAAAGUUGUGAAGAUGGAUCGAGACAUGACCAAGGGUGGCUGUUGUGAAGUGAUUACAGAAGAGGCCACUGCUGCACUCCGGAAAGCGACCAAGUGGGCACAGUCAGGCCUCAUCGUCAGUGUUGGGCCACCAGUGGAAUCUGUCAACCCAGAGACUGUGAGCGGACUGUCCACAGGUGACAAAAAGAAAACUGCCCAGACCUCCAUUUGCCGGGAGAGGAACUCUGAACUUGCCAGGACUGAUCCUGUCCGACCCUUCAUCAGUGGGCACGUGGCAAACAGUAUGGCUGCAGAAGUGAUUGCCUUGCUACACAGCUUGCUCAUGGCACCUGAGUCAAAUGCCGCUCAAAUAUGGACCACAACAGCAGAAAAGGUUCUGUCUCGUGCGUUGAUGUACAUUCCACAAUUGGGGAAAUAUGCAGAAAGCAUUCUGGAAAAUGGCAGCAGCAGUGGUAGAAAACUUGCCAAACUUCAGAGAAUCGCCCGCCAGGCUGUCGCCGCACUGUGUGCACUGGGAGGAUUCAAAGAGACAAUCAAGAUAGGAUCUGAGGUUCAGGUUUUAGGUAGAGGAAUAUCAGGAAGUAUUGGAGUGGUGGCUUCGAUCAACGAGCAGGAAGGUAUAGCUACAGUCAGAUUCCCACCCAUAGACUGUCGCAAGACUUCCCAGGCAUCAGACACAUUGACCAUUCCAUUGUCUAGACUUUGUGUUCCGAGGUCAGAGGCUCUGCCCCUUCACAAGCUGUCCAUUACCGAGAAGGUGGUGCAGGCGGUCCAGUCCAUGCUGCUUCCGCAAGAGGGCAGCCUCUCCAUUCACACCUCACUGCCUGCAGCAGGAGAUGGGUCAGCUCCUGUGAUGGCAGUCGUCCGGCUCCUAGCUGAAAUUAGAACCAGAGCAUGCCUGGUCAUGGCCCAGCUUUUAGAAGACAGCUUAUUUUGUGAAGAAUUCAUACAGCAGUGUCCAGCAGCCGUGGAAGUUCUUAACCUGGUAGCCCAGGAGUGCAGCGCUGGAGAGCGUCUUGCUGUUGUGGAGGUGCAGUGUGAGCGGCUGAGGAUGCUCUACCGGGACUGUGCUCGGCCGCCACCACCACCCUUGCAGGCUGACCGGAGACAGCCCAAAGAGAUCACUUGGAGCCCUUCGCGAGUGUUUCCUCCCGUUCGAGCCUGCAUGUUCUCGUCUCACCUGACCUCCGUCACCUUCCUGGCCGACCCCAGUGCUGGAGGAGGUCUGCCUCGGGGCACUUUUAUCUACGCCACGUCACCUCUGCCAGUUCAGGCCCCGUCUUUUUACUGGGAAAUUGAAAUUGUUUCCUAUGGAGAUACUGAUGACGACACCGGACCAAUAGUUUCCUUUGGCUUUGCUACAGAAGCAGAGAAACGAGAUGGGGCUUGGACUAAUCCAGUGGGCACUUGCCUUUUCCACAAUAAUGGCCGGGCUGUGCACUACAACGGCUCCAGUCUGCUGCAGUGGAAGAGUGUCCGCCUAGAUGUGACUCUCUCUCCUGGUGAUGUGGCAGGAAUUGGCUGGGAGAGAACCGAGGGGACCCCGCCUCCUCCAGGGCAGCCGGCCAAGGGCCGUGUGUACUUCACGUACUGCGGGCAGCGCCUCUCUCCAUACCUCGAAGAUGUCUCUGGUGGGAUGUGGCCUGUGGUUCACAUUCAAAAGAAGAACACAAAAACUCGAGCCAACUUUGGCUCCUGCCCAUUUGCCUAUGCCGAGGGACAGGCCCAUCGCAAUGCCGCGGACCUGUGCACUGACCUGGCAGAGGAGAUCAGUGCCAACUUCGAGGCCCUGCCCUUUGCCAUGGCAUCGGACAGUGACAAUGAUGCUGGGACCAGCAUUGCAUCAGACCCAGGCACUCAUGGACCACCGUGCCGGAUUGCCGCUGUGGCCACUGCUCAGCAACAGUAUGAUAGCGACACCUCCUGUCAUUACAAAGUCGAGCUCAGCUAUGAGAAUUUCAUCACCUCUGGCCCAGACCCUCACCCACCUCCCAUUGCAGAUGAUGAAAGCGAUGACGAUGACGAUGAUGACAUCCCACAGGAGGACCACUAUGCCCUGCUGGUGAAAGCCUGGGAGACCAAGGUCUUUCCCACCAUCCGAAGGCGUUUCCGCAAUGAGGCAGAGCGAAAAUCGGGCCUGGACCAGAUCAAAGGGGCUUUACAACUAGGCAUGGUGGACAUUGCCCGACAGACAGUUGAGUUUCUCUAUGAGGAGAAUGGCGGCAUCCCCAGAGACCUUUAUCUUCCCACCAUUGAGGACAUUAAAGAUGAAGCAAACAAGUUCACAAUUGACAAAGUUCGAAAAGGUCUCACAGUAGUAACCCGUUCUCCAGACAGCAAUAAUGUAGCCAGCAGCACUGUUGGAACUGCUUUGCCAAAAUUUGCCAUCCGAGGGAUGCUGAAAACCUUUGGUCUCCAUGGAGUCGUCUUAGAUGUCGAUUCGGUGAAUGAACUGGUGCAGGUGGAAACAUACCUCCGGAGUGAAGGUGUGCUGGUACGGUACUGGUACCCUAUCGAUAUGCUGGAGAGGCCUCCAGCAGGCUACCGAAGAACAGCCACCAAUGGGCUGGUCACAUUGGAUAAUACCAACCUUCAGAUUCACAGAGAGCUACUACGGUGCGAGGCCUCGCUGGCCAGGCUCUACUGCCGCAUGGCCCUGCUCAAUAUCUUCGCCCCCAAGCUGCCUCACCUGUUCACCCGCCUCUUCCACAUCCCCGCCAUCCGCGACAUCACCCUGGAGCACCUACAGCUGCUGUCCAAUCAGCUCCUCGCUCCUCCACUGCCAGAUGGCACCAUCAGCUCCAGCUCUAUCCUCCUGGCACAGUCGCUGCAGCACUGCAUCCACUCCCAGAACUGCUCAGCCACAGACCUCUUCUACCAGGGCAACUCCCAGAUAGUGAGAGAGUGGCUUAACGUGGCCAUCACCCGCUCCCUGCACCAGGGUGAGGACAGCCUCUUGGAGCUGACCAAGCAGAUCUGCUCCUUCCUGCAGACCGCACCAGAACAGUUCCCCUCCGAAGAGUUCCCAAUUUCCGAGUCCAAAGUCAACAUGGAUGUUAAUUUCCCUGGGGCGGCUUUUGUCGUUGUAUCUUGUAAAGAAAGUCAGUCUGGAUUCCGCAAAGACUCCUCUCUGUACAAGGCACCAUGGGCGCGCGUGCUUGUAUACGGGCUCGGCCACAAAGUGAAGCGAACUGGCCAGCUGAACCUCAUCGAGGCUGCCUGUUACCCUCGGGAUGCAUCCCCAGCCAACACAGGGCUGGCACCUCUGCCCACUGCUGACCAGUACCCUUCUGUGGUCCUCUCCACAGACAGGGUCCACAUCAAACUGGGAGUGUCACCACCUCCCGGAGCUGUACUGGUGUUACAUUCUCUGCCCCUGGAGUUCCCACUGGCCAUGGCCUUCGCAGAGCAGCUGCUGUCCUGGAAGUCUGAGGAUGGCGAUGGAAAGUCAGAAGAUGAACCCGACACCAUUCCCACGUCGGUCCUCCUGCAGGUGGUGGAGCUGCUAGGAAACUUCCUGUGGACCACGGACAUGGCAGCCUGCGUGAAGGAGCUUGUCUUCCAUCUCCUGGCCGAGCUCCUGCGCACUGUGCACGCCCUGGAGCAGAGGAAGCACCCUGCUGGCCUGUCCUCCUCCAUUGCCCUCCAGCUCAACCCGUGUCUGGCCAUGCUGAUGGCCUUGCAGUCAGAGCUGCACAAGCUGUACGAUGAGGAGACCCAGAGCUGGGUCUCAGGCAGCACCUGCGGGGGCUCGGGCAUGGCAGCAGCUGGCGACCAGGGCAGGUUCUCCACAUAUUUCCAUGCUCUCAUGGAAGGGUGUCUGGCCAUUGCCGAAGUGACCCUGCCUACCAACGUGAGUGUCACAGCCAGUGGGGUGACCUCCACGACCACCCCAAAUCUCAGUGACUCCUCCUCCUCCUCCUCGUCCUCCCCAGGACAAACCCCACAGAGCCCCAGCCUGCUGUCCAAGAGGAAGAAGGUCAAGAUGAAGCGGGAGAAGGCCUCCUCCGCUGGGAAGCGCCACUCCUCCCGCGCAGUGGAGUCAGACUCUGCUGUGCUCAGCAUCGGGGGCAGCAAGCCUGAGGACAUGCUGUGGUUCCACCGAGCUCUCACUCUACUCAUCAUCCUCCGCCACCUUACCAGAAAGGAUCUGCAGGGCCUGGGCGUGACAAACGACGCCAUCGCUGAUGCCUGCCAGGCCCUAGUGGGCCCCACUGCCCAUAGCCGCCUGCUGGUGAUCUCGGGCAUCCCCACCCACCUGGAUGAGGGCAUUGUCAGAGGUGCUAUCCGCAAGGCCUGCAACGCCCAUGGCGGGGUCUUCAAAGACGAGAUCUACAUUCCCCUGCAGGAGGAAGACCCCAGGAAACCCAAGGACAAGGCUGAGGCUGGUGAUGGGAAGGUGGAGCCCGAGAAGGCGCUGGGCUUCCCCGGCACGGACAGCCUGGAUGGGAGCACGUCCAGCAGCCUGGCCCCUGCCAUGAGCAUCAGUGCCUCCGCCUCUACCAGCCAGGCCUCUGUGUGCAGCUCCCAGGGCAUGUCGCAGACCGUCAGUGACCUCUCAGUGGACCCGCUGCCUGCGGGCCUUGAGUUGCCUAUCCCUCCCGGCCUGCUGGAGCCGCACGUGGUGUCCAGCCAGGAGAGCCUGGACAUUUCCCUGUGCAGCACAGGCAGCCUAGGCAGCUUGGGCAGCCUAGGGGAGCAGCUGGACAACGCAGAGACAGCCUCAGUGUCAGACGUGGGCUCCAUGUACACAGUCACAUCUCUGGACAACCAGGCCCUGGCAGCACGCCCCAUCAAAGGCUUUGCCGUCGUGGAGAUAAGAUCCCGAGCCAAAAUUGAGAAAAUCCGAGCAAGUUUAUUUAACAAUAAUGAUUUGAUUGGUUUGUCAAGUUUGGAUGGUGAAGAUGAAUUGAUGGAAAUGUCAACAGAAGAAAUUCUGACUGUAUCUGUAGUGAAUCAGAGUUUGUUUGAUACUCAAGGGAGCCCAGGGUUAGAAGAUUAUUUCAACGAUAAGUCAAUUAAAGGAGAGAAGCUCGUGCCUGGGGCCAGAGAGGUCCUGACAGAGAUAUUCAAGAGCUGCGCCCACUCAGAGCAGACGCUGAGCCUGACACCAGCGAAGCCCAUCAGAGUCUCCGACAUCUACCUUAGCAAGGAGCAGAUCAACUCCCAGACCCCAGGCAACCUCCUCCACCUCUUCUUCACCAAUGUCCGGCCUCCAAAGAAGGUGUUGGAGGACCAGCUCACGCAGAUCCUGAGGAAAUACGGCGUGCCAAAGCCCAAGUGUGACAAGAGCAAGUACAGCAAAGCCGGGAAGGAGCAGCACCCCGUGAAGGUGGUGAGCACCAAGCGGCCCAUCACCAAGCCGCCUGCCAAGGACAAGGCCGUGCUCAACAGCGUCAGCAGGACUGCCUUAAGUGAGAAGAAGCCAACUGUGAAACCAAAGUCACCAGAAAAGGGCAAACCAGAGGAAAAGGACCCAGAAAAGUCACCCACCAAAAAACAAGAAGUCCCUGAGGAAAAGUAUCUGACCUUGGAAGGAUUUCACAAAUUUGUUAUCGACCGAGCCAAGCAAGACAUCCGUAGCGUCUGGCGAGCCAUUUUAUCCUGCGGUUAUGAUCUUCAUUUUGAGAGGUGUGCCUGCAUCGAUGUCCGACAUGCACAGAAGGCCUCCAGGAAGUGGACCCUGGAGAUGGACGUAGCACUCGUGCAGUACAUCAACCGGCUGUGCCGCCACCUCGCCAUCACACCGGCACGGCUGCACCCGCAUGAGGUGUAUCUGGACCCCUCGGACACCGCCGACCCCAGAGUGGCCUGUCUCUCCAACGUGCCCAUCGAGAGCCUGCGCCUGCGCUUCGCCCUGCUCCAGUCCCUCAACACCACGCUGGAGACCUUCUUCCUGCCCCUGGUGGAGCUGCGCCAGACACCCAUGUACGCUCACAGCAUCGCAGCCCUGCUGAAGGAGGCCAAAGGGCUGAUCUUUUAUGACACGAAGGUGACCGUGAUGAAUCGAGUACUGAACGCCACCGUGCAGAGGACAGCUGACCAUGCAGCUCCCGAGAUCACUUUGGACCCACUGGAAAUUGUGGGAGGGGAAAUCAGAGCUUCUGAAAACUCCUACUUCUGCCAGGCUGCCAGGCAGCUGGCCUCUGUGCCAUCCUCCCAGCUCUGCGUCAAGUUGGCCAGUGGCGGCGACCCCACCUACGCCUUCAACAUCCGCUUCACCGGGGAAGAGGUGCACGGCACAAGUGGCUCUUUCCGCCACUUCCUGUGGCAAGUGUGUAAAGAGCUGCAGAGCUCCUCGCUGUCGCUGCUGCUGCUGUGCCCCAGCUCAGCUGUCAACAAGAAUAAGGGCAAGUACAUCCUGACGCCCAGCCCCAUCACCUACGGCGAGGAGCAGCUGCUGCACUUCCUGGGCCAGCUGCUGGGCAUCGCCAUGCGGGCAGACGUCCCUCUGCCCCUGGACCUCCUGCCCUCCUUCUGGAAGACUCUGGUGGGGGAGCCCCUUGACCCUGACCAGGACCUAGAGGAGGCAGACAUUCUCACCUUCAACUACAUCAAGAAAUUUGAGAGUAUCAGUGAGGAGACGGAGCUGGAGGCCCUGUGCGCUGAGAUCGCCUCCCAGCACCUGGCCAUCGAGAGCCCUGAGGGGCCCAACAAGCCCUGCUGCAGGUUCACGUACCUGACCAUGACGGGCGAGGAGGUGGAGCUGUGCAGCCGUGGCCGGCACAUCCCUGUAGCGUGGGAAAACAAGGACAUCUAUGCGGCGGCCAUCCGGAGCCUGCGGCUGAGGGAGCUGCAGAACACGGAGUGUGUGACAGCCGUGCGGGCCGGCCUGGGCUCCAUCAUCCCCCUGCAGCUGCUCACCACGCUCAGCCCGCUGGAGAUGGAGCUGCGCACCUGCGGCCUCCCGUGCAUCAACCUCGAGUUCCUGAAGGCCCACACCAUGUACCAGGUGGGGCUCAUGGAGACGGACCAGCACAUCGAGUUCUUCUGGGGCGCCCUAGAGACGUUCACCCAGGAGGAGCUGUGCAAGUUCAUCAAGUUCGCCUGCAACCAGGAGCGCAUCCCAUUUACCUGCCCCUGCAAAGAUGGGGGCCUUGACACGGCCCACGUGCCCCCGUACCCCAUGAAGAUCGCCCCCCCAGAUGGCACAGCAGGUUCCCCAGACUCUCGCUACAUCCGCGUGGAGACCUGCAUGUUCAUGAUCAAGCUUCCCCAGUAUUCCUCCCUGGAGAUCAUGCUGGAGAGACUUCGCUGUGCCAUCCACUACCGGGAGGACCCCCUGAGUGGCUGACAGGAGAGCCUGAGAGCUAGGCUGUCACCGAGGCACCUGUUCUGCUGGCCUGGGAAGCCGGCCACCGUGGGCACAUCCCUCCAGCGCUCUGAGGGAGGAGUCGGCAACAUUUGCUUUUCCCAACUUUGUCCGCGUCCCAGGGUCCCCUGGAAGACUUACCCUUUUGUAUUUGUAUGUUUUGUGAUGGGCUGGUUCUUUUGCUGCCUGUUUGUGGUAUAUUUGUAGGAUAGUUUUGUUCCCAGUUUGUGUCUCAUUUGAUCUUGGACAGUGUCCCUCAUAGGUACCAGAUUCUGACACCACCAGCCCCCAGCUGGCUCAUCGAACCACCAGGGCCACAUAACGUCAGCCCUGCCCCCCGUCCUCGAGCUGGUGUUUCUCCUGGGGGCAGCUCCUGCCAGGCUCCUCCCUGAAGUGGCUGGGCCAGUGCCCAAACUUGUGCAGGACAUGCAGGAGCUUUCGCUGUCCAUCUCCCUGAGGACUUGCCCACGGGGCGACCCUGCCCCUCCCGCAGACAGCCCUCUCUACUGCCCGCAUCCUCUGGGCCCCUAGUCCGAGUGUCCCCAAGGACGGGGUCACUCCUGGCCUUAGUCCAUGGAGAGAGGCUGGCUGUGUCCCAGCGGCCAGAGAGGGUGGAGCUGGAGGCACUGUGCUCGGUGAGGCCUUCUCUAAAGCGGAUGGAGAGGAAAGCACAGGACCCAGGCCCACCCACUCGUGUGCUCAGCAGGGCCUUUCCUCCCACGCUGUGUGAGAGGAGGGGGGCUGCUCCACGGCCAUGUAACAAAGCGGCUGAGUGCUCUGCUCCGAGGCUCAGAGCGUCCCGUCCACGGAGACCCCAGGGCCCCUCGGCCCCCGCCUGGCCCCCCGUGACUCUCGUGCCCCCAGUUACAUGUGUGUGCCAGGGUUGAGCCACCUCCAGGCUCACCCACUGCCCAGUACAUUUGUGUCCCAAAUGAGUCCUUGUCCAGUGGUACUUUGUUGAAGAGCAGCACAUGCCAUCUUGUUGGACACUGUCGUUUCGGGCCUUGCCAGUUCCCCCGAACUGCGGCGCUGUAUUUACCGUACACUUUGCACACGUAAGUCCUGAGUGACACUGUCCGCAAGGCUGAGUGGGAGAACGCGCUCCUCCUGCAGCCUGGCCACCUUGGUAUGUGGCCGUUAGUCAGAGCGCAGCCGUCUCCCCGUACGCUUAGGAAAUGCACUGAGGACCGCUGCAGAGGUUCCCAGACCUGAGAGCGAGACAGACCUAGGUUGAUGGUCACCAUCCGUCACGUGGUGCUGGAGUCACCUGCAGGCAAGCGCCAGAAGCAAGUCCCCUCCUCUGAAAGGAAGAUGGUCACGGCUGCUUCCCCGGGGCCACAGCCCCCUUGAUGGGGGUCACGUCAGGACUGUGUUCCUGAAAACCAGGAUCCUCUGAUUCCUUUUGUGCAUAAUGAAAGAGCCUUUGAAUUCACUGUAAGUGGUUUUCCUCCCUGUAUCCUUAAAUUCCUGGUUCCCGAAAACCCUCAACCUGUGAAUGGACUUGGGAUUCUGUGGGCCACCUCCCCGAGGGGUUCAUGAAGCUUUGGUGGGCCAUCAUGUGAUAGCGACAGCUGUGAGUGAGAUGCGGUAUCUGCUGCUAGCUCAGCUGCUCCUCCCAGAGAGCACAGCAAGGUCCAGACAGAUCCAAACUUGGCCCUAAAAAGUGUGUGCUGUAAAGUUACUUGAUGUAUAUUUAUUAUAAUUAUUUAUGGUUGCAUUUAACAGACUUUUCAUUCAAUCUGAUGCUAUUUACACCAUGUUGUGUAAAGAAAGCUCACUACAGGACAAAAGUCACACCAAUAAAUAACCUUCAUCUAAUUCCAACUGACCCUCCAAGUGUGUGAUCAUCUGCCCCUGCUGAGAAGCCCAAAGGCUGACCCUGGAUGACUCUGACACUUGAGUGCCGCCAAGUGGCUGGGAAUUAAAAUGUUUCUAAUUAUCACCA